GUCCCCGGCGGCCCGCCCCGCCGGCUCCCGGCGCCCGCGGCCAGGGCGCUCCGGAGGGUCUCCGAGCGCAGGCUUCGUACCCCGCCCCCCAACGCCGCCGCGGCCCCGGCUGAUCGGCCUCCCAGCCGCCCGCAGCGCCCGCCCUCCGGCCCCGGCCCCCGGCCCCCCGGCUCCGGGACAUGCGGGCCGCCCUGGCCCUGGCGCUGCUGCGCCUCUGCCUGGCCAAGGUCAACCUGGCCCCCCACUUCUUCGACAACGGGGCGGGCAGCUCGGACGGAAACAUGGCCCUGUUCAGCCUCCCGGAGGACACCCCUGUUGGCUCUCACGUGUACACGUUGAACGGGACAGACCCCGAGGGUGAACCUGUCUCCUACCACAUCAGCUUUGACCCCAGCACUAGAAGCGUCUUUUCUGUUGACUCCAGUUUUGGAAACAUCACCCUGAUUGAAGAGUUGGACCGAGAGAUGGAGGAUGAGAUCGAAGCCAUCAUCAGCAUUUCCGACGGCCUGAACCUGGUGGCAGAGAAAGUCGUGAUCCUGGUGACUGAUGUCAAUGACCAGGCACCCAGGUUCCUCCAGGAGCCGUACACGGUUCAGAUUCCUGAGGACACACCUGCUGGGAGCAGUCUCUUUGAGGUCCAUGCUGUGGACAAGGACACGGGCUCUGGAGGAAGUGUCACCUACUUCCUGCAGAACCUGCUGGCCACCCAGUUCACCGUGGACCGACACAGCGGCGUGCUGCGCCUCCGGGCAGGGACCACCCUGGACUACGAGAAGGCCCGGGUCCACUUGGUCACUGUGGUUGCCCAGGACGGCGGCGGGCAGCUGCGGGGUGCAGCUGCGGUGUUCUCAGCCACCACCACGGUCACGGUCAGCGUGGAGGACGUGCAGGAUGUGGGCCCCGUGUUCGUGGGCACUCCCUUCCACGGCUGCGUGUACGAGGACAUGGUUCCGGGCUCUGAGGUGCUGACAGUGGUCGCCAUGGAUGGAGACAGGGGCAAACCCAACCGCCUUCUCUACAGCCUCAUGAACGGGAGUGACGACGCCUUCGACAUUAACACGACGUCUGGAGCCAUCGUGGUCACCCAGAGCCCGGCCCAGCUCCGGAGAGAGGUGUAUGAGCUGCAAGUGCAGGUGACUGAGGUCAGUGCUGCAGGGAGCCCCGCUGCCCAGGCCACGGUCCCCGUCACCAUCAGGAUCGUGGACAUCAACAACCACCCACCUGUGUUCUACGGAGAAAGCGGGCCCCAGACCAGGUUCGAGCUGUCCCUGUUCGAGCACCCGCCCCCGGGGGAGAUCCUGCGCGGCCUCAAGGUCACCGUCAAAGAUGCAGACCAGGGCUCCAAUGCCAAGUUCGCCCUGCAGCUGGUGGGGUUGGGGGGCGCCUUCCGCGUGGUCCCUCAGACAGCCUUGAAGGAAGCCCAAGUCACAGUCCUCACUGAGAACUCAGCCGCCAUUGACUUUGAGAAGUUCAGAGUGUUAACCUUCCAGCUCCUGGCCACUGAGGUGGACACGGCCGAGAAGUUCAGUGCCACCGCGCAUGUGGUGGUGCAGCUGCUGGACACCAACGACAAUGCCCCACAGUUCACCUCUCCCCACUACGUUGCCAGGGUUCCUGAGGACGCCCCCGGGGGCUCCACCGUGGUGGCUGUCAGGGCUGUGGAUGUGGACACAGACCCCUGGGGUGAAGUCACGUACUUUGUCUACGGGCCGGAGGCAGACCUCUUUCAGGUCCACUCCUCCACGGGGGUUAUCUGCACGCAGCCCUGGGCCAGCCUGGAUGCUGAGGCCACUGCCAGGUACAGCUUCCAUGUAAGAGCAGAGGAUGCGGGGGGCAGGCAUGACCUGGCCAAUGUGACCGUCUUGCUGCUGGAUGUCAAUGACCACCCCCCCCAGUUUGGACAGAGCAUCCAGGAGAAGACGAUGGUGCUGGGGAUCCCUGUGAAAAUUGAGGCCACAGACCUGGAUGCAGAGGCACCCAACAACCUGGUGGACUACUCCAUCCUGCGCGCGGAGCCGGCCAGCGUGUUUGACAUCGAUGCACGCACGGGACAGAUCAGGCUCAAGAGCUCCAUCCGCUCCCUGGAUGCCCUGUGCAACAUCACACACAAUGGCGACUGCACAUGGGCCCUGGAGGUGCAGGCCAAGGACCGUGGCUCCCCAUCCUUCAGCACCAUGGCCGUCCUCAGGAUUGACAUCACAGAUGCUGAGACGCUGCCCUGGACCUCCAUGGACACCUUUCUGACACAGACCAGAGACGAACCUGCGAAGGCUAUGGGUGUGCUGGCCGGCGCCAUGGCCAUUACUGUGGCCAUCACUGCCCUUGUGUCCACUGCCACCUUCUGGCACAAGAAGUCCAACAAGGUUCUGCCAGUGCGGCGCGUGCUUCGCAGGCGGCCCUGCCCUGCCCCCCGCGCUGCCCACAGCAAUUGGCUCAAGUGCAAUAGGACCGAGGCUGCAGCCAAGUUUGUUCUCAAAGAGGAUCCCCCCAGUGAGAACUGCAACAGCAGCCUGGGCAGCCCCCCAGCCCCAAGAGCCCCAAUGCCCCCUCCUCUACCCAGAGUGGCACCCGACGCGGGGGCACCCCUCUCAACUGUGCCCACAGUCUCUGGCUCACUCACCUCUCUGCAACCUCGAGGGUCACCCAAACACAGUGCCUCGGGGAGCCCCAUCCAGUCAGCUCUGGUCUCCGAGCUCAGGCAGCAGUUUGAGAGGAAGAGUAGAGCUGACGAGGAGCGCUUUUAGAGAGCGGCCCGAGCCCCUCUCUUUCCCACCUCCUUCUCCCCUCUCUGCUCCUUAGGGUCACCCUGUUCUGUACGAUAGUGUAACCCCCAUAUUCAGGGCUCUGGAUAACACCGCGGGGCAAGGGGUUUCCCUGGUUCCGGGUGUGAUGGGCCAGUACUUCCCAUUGCUCUGGUGCUUGGCAGCUGCUCUCCAUUCGGCAGAAGCCAGGAAUCAACUAGGAGUCAGCUCUGUCUCCUGCUCACAGUCCCAGACCACACCCCUUGGUUCUCCUGUGGCCUCUGCACCUUCAGGCGAGGAGCGGGGGUGGCUCCUGGGACAAGGCCAUCUGGAGCCCCACCCUGGCGCUCCAGCAGAGAGCAGGGGAGGAAAGCAGGCCCAGUGCUGGCUGGGGCUGGCGGUCAGCAGCCUCGCAGACUGAGGGAGAGCAAAUGGGCGGGAAAGGCAGAGCUGCACUGGGAGCACGCAGGCAGCUGAAUGUGAGGUUGUGCUGGGGCCGCUAGCAAGGUGUGGGGUGGGCAAAGUGUUUGAGCAGAGACCGUGGGCCCUCCUGUGCCCACGGGAACCAGGGACACGGGUGUAAAAAGGGCCUUGCAAGAGGGAGAGUGGAUGCCUGGCCUGGGCUUCCCUGAGCCCAGAGUGUUCAAGCUGGAGCGGGGUUGGGUGGGCGUGGGGAGGGGGGGGUCCUAGUGGCCUCAGGAAAAGCUUCACGUCCCUUGCAGAAGGAGCUGUUCCCUCCCCCCACCGAAGCCGUGGAGGGAGCAGGCAGGUGUCAGGGCUGAGAUCUGGGGAGACCUGCGCUCUUCUCCUCCACGGUGUAGCCGUCUGGAAGCUGCUGGAACUCCCAGCUCAUCCUCCUUGUUUGUGAGAUGAAGAAAGUGAGUCCUGUGGCCCGCACUCAGGCCCAGGGUAAGUGGGAAGUGACAGUGGGGACAGGGCUUUCACCAAGUGCAAGCAGCACCCAUGGGUUCUCCGCAGGCCGUUCUCGGGGUGAGCUCUUCCAGGAAGUGUCAGGGACUCUUGGCUGCUCUGCCGAGCACCCCAGGAAGAGCUGUGCGGGGCGAGGGUGUUGCCACUGACCCAGCAGCCAGAGCAGGAGGCGGCAUUGCCGGGUCCCAGUCCCCAGCCCCCUGGGUGCGGCGCAGCCAGCCCAGCCUCCAUCUGCAAGGUGAGAGGAGAAGGCCCUGGGGCUUGUCCGCGGGUCCAGGCUCCACAGCCACUGGAGGCCACCCGGGGAGGAGCCCCAGCUCCCCCGCCCUCCCCCGGGAACAUAGAGGCUGCAGCCCUUCAGGAAAUGGGACAGCCUUUACAUGUUGCCACCUCAUUAAGAACCCUCUAGAAUUUGCCCAUGAUCUUAUUCAAGCAGGUGAUGUGCACAUGUGGGGUACUGGUUCUGAGGAGUUUGGGAAGCUCCUCAGGAGGGCCACAUAGGCUGCUGGCCAGGCUCCUGCAGCCCCUGCCCCCGGAGUAGUGACAGGUGGGCUCUGGGGAGCCAGGGCCCCGACGGACAGAUGGUCUGCAGAGUGUCAGGCAGCAAUGGGCCAGGUCAGUCCCAGCGGCCCGCAGCCACUCCUCUGUGAAGGUAAAUACCACCUCCAGCAGCCACACCUCCGGAUCCUACUGAGGCUCCAGGUGGUCUGGAUCCUGGUCCUGUCAGGCGUGAUUUUGGGCCUCACUUCCUCUUAAGCACAAGGAACAAAGAUGUGUUUCCAGGAGGAUGACAGGAGCUGCCUAGGCAAGACCACCUUCAGCUCUAUGCGUGCAGCAUAGCGGAGACGGCUGCUGUUCUUGGUUGUAAAACAGGACUGAGCAUGACAAGGGUCUCCACGCUGAGCACCAGGUCCUGGGGGUGAGGCCCUCAGGCAUCCUCAUCUCCAAGAUGUUCCCCCACCGCUAGACCUGACCCCAGCACACAGGCAGCAUCCCCGGGCAGACAGCGAGGCUUCUGGGGUCAGGGAGAUAGGAGGGACGCCACAUGGAGAUGGGCAUGCACCCAUGGGAGACCCUUAGGGGUCACAGAAAUCACUUGGAAGGAGGCGGUGCUUGGAAGGGCCCAGUUUCCAGAAUGAGGCAGGGAUGGCCUGCGACUGUUUGUGAUCAAUAAAGAAGUGGCUAAUUUUGCAGCCACAGGCUGGUGAUGCUGGGGUGUCACAAGGCCAUGGAAUCCUGCAAAUGCAUCUCCAGUUGAAUAAUUCCAGCAAUCCACUCAGUGGUCAUCUGUGCCAGGCCUCUCCAGGAAGGAGACGGCUCUUGUAACCAGAGGAAGACAAGACAGACAGGCGUCCUCCCAUGGGUGCUGUGCGGAGCCGGGCCAGCAGAGCGCAUUCUGGAGGCGAGAAGCCUGCACACCCUCUCUCCUGAGUCAAAGGCAUUGGCCUCAAACUGCAUCGUCAGAACUCUGAAUACUAAUUACCCAUCAAUUAACCAGGACAUGUGAAGGAUAUUAGCAGAGGUAGCAUGUCAUCACAUAUAUACUUAUACAUGUACACACGUGAGUGAUCCUAAUAAGCUCUGAUGCUCCAAACAGCCAAGUGUGUAUGCUGGGUCACAUUCAACACACACACACACACACACACAGCCUGACACAUCGUGAAUGGUGAUAACAUUUAUUGUGGUGAUGCUUACUGAGGACUUAUUAUGUGACAGGCAUUGUUCUGACAGCUUCAGUUCACAUG